AUGGCCUUUCCCUGGCCCUAUCACUUUAUCACCGUCUCUGAAGAGGAGAAACUACACCGCCGGGAGCUUCUUGACCUGCGCGGCUCCUACGCGCAAUGGUCGAUUAUCGUGGUGACCGUCGUGCUUCGAGCUUAUCAAUGCUGGGUUACAUUAGGUGUACAGGCUGAAAGCACGGCCAAGCAGCGUCGUGGACCUGCUUCGUGGUGGGACCGCCCGAUCGUUGCUGGAUGGAUGGAGACCCGACGGCAGUAUGCCAUCUGCGGCUUGUGGUUCUCGUGGCUGUUCGGUCUUGCUGUGUGCUAUAGCGGCGAUGUAUGUCCCAGCGCUACCCUAUCUCAUGGUAAGGUUGUGACAUGUCUUUACGCCACCCAGGCCUUCCGCCGCAAACCAUUUGCCACCGCGAUAAAGGUGUACAUGACAUUUGCCUCCCGUGGAUUGGGAGUCACGAGCCUCUGGGUCCCAACCGGAAUCUAUGGUCAGGGACCUCCCUCCCCCGAGCCCAUCAGACACCCUCAACUCCAUGCGGGCCAGACAUUCUACCCGCCCGAGAAGGCGCACCCCGUCUCGAGUCUGGUUCAGAACGCGCAGGAGCAGUUUGACCAUGUGCGGGCCCGGCAAUCGAAAACCCUGGCCGAGGCCGUGCAGGAAUACAAGCUCCGCUACAAGAUGCACCCGCCGCCGCAUUUCGACAAGUGGUUCCAGUUCGCCCAAGCCAAGGGGGUCAAGUUGGUGGAUGAGUUCGACUCGAUCUACCACUCCCUGCUGCCAUUCUGGGCCCUGAAGCCGGCGACGAUUCGCGCUCGCGCCCGCGAGACCCUGGGAUUUGACAAUGCGGUGAUUGGGUUGCUGAUUCGCGAUGGCAAGGUGACCCUUACAGAGGGUGGUGGUGACGGUCGCAAGUGGCAGCGCGAGGCUACGGUCGGCAUGAUGAAGGAGUUCGUGAAGUAUCUGCCGGACAUGGAUUUGGUCUUCAACACUCACGAUGAGCCCCGCGUGGUGAUUCCCGGCGACGACCUCCAGCGUCUGGUGCAGACCGCGACGGACUAUGCCAUUCCCGCUGCAUUCAAUCGGAAGACGACGACUAAUGCGUGGUCGCCUCGUGCGGCUGACUUGAACAAGGGUGACCGCAUCGACGAGGUGCGCACCACUCGCUUCAACCGAUUCGCCCACCAGCCGACCUGGACCAACUCCCGUGCCUCGUGCCCCGUCGAUAGCCCUGCUCGAUCCCUCGACGAGGAUGCCGCCGACAACGACGCACCCUACGCGUACGGUGAAUUGGGCUUUAUCCACAACGCCAGUGCCUUCUCCGAUAUCUGUCACACCCCGUCCCUGCGAUAUGCCUAUGGGUUUUUCGAUCGCCCGAAUGCCUUCGAUGUGGUCCACGACCUGUUCCCCGUCUUCUCGCAGAGCAAGAUCUCCAGCUUCCAAGAUAUCCUCUAUCCCAGUCCCUGGUAUUGGGCUGACAAGGUGCCCUACGACAAACAUAAAGACUACAGCUGGGCCGCAAAAUCCGACCGCAUGUACUGGCGCGGUUCCACGACAGGUGGCUUCUCACGUGCCGGGGGCUGGCGCCGACAGCACCGGCAGCAGUUUGUGGAUAACGUUAAUUCGCUGGAACCGACCAAGAUCCUCGCCCAGCAGCAAGACAAUUCUUGGGUCUCGCAAAAUGUCAGCCGGGAUACCUACCGUGACACGUUUGAUGUCAAGUUUACCAUGGUCGGCCAAUGCGACCCCGAUGACUGCCACGCACAGGAAGAAUACUUCGAGGUUGUCAAGGCUGCUGGCCAGCAGGAUGCAUGGGCGCACAAGUUCCUGGUCGAUAUCGAUGGCAAUGCUUUCAGUGGCCGGUUCUACGCUUUCCUGCAUAGCAACAGCUUUGUCUAUAAGAUUGCCAUUUUCCGCGAGUGGCACGAUGAGUGGCUCAAGCCCUGGGUGCAUUAUGUGCCGCUCAGUCUGAAGGGCAACGAGUAUGUGGAGAGCAUGCGGUAUUUCACCAUGGAGGAGGAGGGCAAGAAGGCCGCCCCAUUGAUUGCCACCCAGGGCCAGCAGUGGGCGCAGCAAGUGUUGCGGAAUGAAGACCUGGAGGUCUGGUUCUUCCGUCUCCUUCUGGAGUGA